GAUCUCCUUCCUCUUUCGUUUUCCUUCUAAAUCUAUGUUCAUCGCAUUCGGUUUCUGGGUUUAAGGAAGCCAAGAGCGUGGAGGGAGGCGGUUGCAUGGGCGAUUGUCAGUCAUGGCCUCAGAUGAUGGCUUGGAACCCCAAUACAGCAUUGAUGAUGGGACGUGCUGGCGAUUUCAACCUGUUAUUUCAGAGGGGUUUUGGAACCUAAAAUCUGGGGAAAAUAUCGUCACAAAACGUCCCUUACUUCUUCUGGAAAUUCAGUUGGCCUUAAUCUUCAUCCUCACCAGCACCAUACACCUUUGUCUCAGGCGCCUCCAUUUUCCCCGUCUCCUUUCCGAAUUUCUGGCAGGCCUGUUUCUUGGAAAUUCUUUUCUGGGGCGGUUUUAUCCUAAUUUUUCUCAUGCUUUGUUCCCGUUGUCAUCUAUAAAACUUCUGGUUACUUUGACAAGGUUUGGGUACUUGUUUUUUAUGUUUAUGAUCGGGAUGAAAAUGGAUGUAGGGCUUAUGAUGAAAUCAGGUAAAAGAGAAUGGAUUAUAGGCUCCAUAACCAAUAUAUUCCCAUCUUUCGUGCUAUUGUCCAUUGCUAAACAUAUCAGUUUGAAAGUGGACAAUAUCCCCCCAAACGAUACUACAUGGGUUAGAAUCGUUUCUGGCGCAAUAAUGAUUACCUCAUUUCCUACGGUGGCCUGCCUUCUGAUGCAUCUCAAGAUCAUUAACUCCGAGCUGGGACACCUUGCUCUAUCAUCGGCCCUGGUUGCUAAUCUGAUGACUGUAAUCAUGGUAUCUUUGCUGUCUUGGUCUCACCUAUUGGCAAUGUCAUCAUCAAGUGUAGCAAUGAAGGCUAUGUUUCUGUCUAUAUCUCUUGUGGUGUUUAUCCUUGCUGUCCUGCUCCCAAUGAUGUUUUGGAUCGUCAAAAGAACACCUGAAGGGAAGCCUGUAAAGGAUUCUUACAUUUGCCUCGUUGUCAUAGCGUUGUUGUCGGUAGCAGUAGCUGGUGAUAAUGUAGGGCUGCAGUUUUUAUAUGGACCUUUUACACUUGGGUUGGCAGUGCCAACAGGACCUCCUUUAGCAUCAGUCGUUGUAGAGAAAUUAGAUGCCAUCAUAUCAGGCUUGAUGCUGCCGCUCCUGGCAACCAUCUGUGGAUACAAAACAAAUUUGUGGGAAUUAGAAAGGAGGCCACCUUUGUAUUUAGUUUUCUUAGUUACCUUUGGUUUAUUGUUCAAAAUGGCUUUGUGCUUUGCAUCUGCUAUUUGUUUCAGGAUGCCUCAUAAAGAUGCUGCUGCUCUUGCACUCAUAUUGACAGCCAAAGGCGUCUUUGAAUUAGCUAUAAUCAACAAAGCUUCUGAGAAGAUGCUUCACGAUCCUUCAAAAACAUAUGCUGGCUACCAGAAGAGAAACGUUUUGAACUCUUGUUUCAAUGAUGGUGUUCGAGUACUUGCUUGUGCAGAAAGGCAAGACGAUGCCUUGGCAGCUAUCAAGCUGCUUGAAAUUUCCAUUUCUACUAAACAAAGUCCCAUGUCUGUGUUCGGGCUAUAUUUGGAAGAGCUCAAAGGUGGAUCCACCCCACUCCUCCUAACCCACCAACGAGGCCAGAAGAGUUCUUGUUCUGAUGGAUUUCGUUGGCAACCCAUCAUUGAUGUUUUCAAUUACUUUGAGUCACAGCAUAAGAAGCUAGUGAACGUGCGAGUCUUCAAAGCAAUGUCACCUGCCAAGCUAAUGCAUGAGGACAUUUGCUGGGUUGCCUUUGUUAAUUCAGUAGUCUUAAUAAGACUUCUAUUUCAUAGGAAAUGGAAUAACAAGGGCAUGAUGACUGCAGAUAGCAAAAACUUGAGGACCCUAAACUGUAAUGUUCUAAAGAAGGCCCCUUGUUCUGUGGGCAUUUUAAUUGAUCGUAGCAGAGCAAGAUAUCCAUCAAUUUCGGCAUUAUCACCAAGUUACCAAAUAGCCGUGAUUUACGAAGGAGGGAAUGAUGACAGAGAGGCGCUAGCUCUUGCUCGUAGGAUGACAGGAAGCACCACUGUUCACCUAACAACUUUCAGGUUACUUGCAUUGAAUGAUGACUCCCAAAAAGAGUGGGAUGAUUCGAUGGAUAAUGCAGCAUUGCGAGCAUUCAAGCAUGAGAGCGCAAAAAACGCAAAUUUAAUGUACAAGGAGGUGAUUGUUGAAGAUGGUGUCAACACAACAUCAUUUAUUGGGUCGUUGCUGGAAGGGGACAACUUUGAUCUAACCUUGGUUGGGAGACGCCAUGGAACUGGCUCACGAAUUACAGCUGGUCUAUCUGAAUGGAGUGAGUUGCCGGAAUUAGGAGCAAUCGGGGAACUUCUAGCUUCCUCAGACAUACGUAGCACAGUUUCAGUCUUAGUGGUGCAGCAGCAAAUCAUUUAGAGUGAGUAGGGUACACAAGCUGAUGCAAAAGCUUCAUUCUCGAGCUUAGAUUCAUUAUUUAGAAGGUCCUAGUGAUCACAACUUCUUCUUACGCUACUCUUUUAUAAAACGCCAGUGAAGGGCAAAAAGAAAAGCAGAAGAAACGAAGACGCAUUGAACAAUAGCAUCUUCAUGAUGAGACUGCGGAAUGAAGGGGAUUUUCCAGA